CAGCAGAGCCUCGGUAUGAACGCAUUUCACAGGCAAAGCUGCCCGUGACUUGAUGAACCCGGCGUGCCUUCGCCAGGUUCAUUCUCCAACUUCCUCUAAUCCUUGCGCAGCUCCUCCACCGUCGUCGCCGACACUCGGGACGCCGUACUACCUUCAUCAAGACCUCCGCCCGCCAACAUGUCGCAGAAAGAAAGUGCAGCGCAGCAGACGACGGCCGAGCAGCAGAGCGACAAUGUCGCGCACGCUCUGGCAGGAGCGGGAGGUGGCCUCUUGUCCAUGGCUUUGACAUAUCCCUUGAUCACCCUAUCGACCCGAGCGCAAGUCGAGAAGAAGAAGGCUUCCACGGGAACACUGGACGCCGCCAGGCGCAUCAUCGAUCGCGAAGGUGUCGUGGGCUUGUAUGCCGGUCUGGACAGUGCAUUGUUCGGCAUCACGAUCACCAACUUCGUAUACUACUACUGGUAUGAGUUCUCCCGUGCCUUCUUCCAAAGGUCCACAGGCAAGAAGCAGCUGAGCACUCUGGAGUCUAUGGCAGCCGGUGCUCUCGCUGGCUCUGCGACAGUAAUGAUCACAAACCCCAUCUGGGUCAUCAACACCCGCAUGACUGCACGCGAGAACGAAGCCAACCAGUCGCUUCCCACGAAAGAGGGGGAGAAGCCACAGAAGGCUAAGCAGCCUGGCACUAUCUCAACCCUCAUGAAGAUCAUCCGUGAGGAUGGCUUCCUGCGCCUCUUCGCAGGUGUGCUGCCAGCUUUAGUGCUGGUCAUGAACCCGAUCUUGCAGUACACCAUCUUUGAGCAGCUGAAGCAAGCUCUCGAGAAGAGGCGGAAGGUCGGGCCAACUGAUAGCUUCUUGCUCGGUGCACUGGGCAAGCUUGCCGCAACCUCGAUCACAUACCCAUAUAUUACUGUCAAGUCGCGAGCACACGUUGCUAGCAACGACGCUAAGAAGGAGGGCAUGACUGCCACUUUGAAGAGGAUCUACAAGGAGGAGGGUGUUGGUGGCCUCUAUGGCGGUAUUGGACCUAAGGUCACCCAGUCUGUCAUCACAGCUGCGUUCUUGUUUGCCUUCAAGGAUGCCCUUUACGACGCGACAAUCAAGGCUCGCCGUAGCAUUGCCAAGAAGGCAUAGACGGAGCAAUCGAGAAGCCUCGUAUGGAUGUGACUUUGCACGUCUACCAUGUAGUGGCAUUGAAGCUGGGUAUGGAGGUCAGUUACCCCAGGUGAACGUGGCAAGGGGAAAUGGCAGCUUGAGAUCGAUCUCUCUGCAUGUGUUCAGAUCUAGGAAGAAUCCUGGGGGUUGGGGAUGCAAGUGUACGCGCUUGCAGCAAGGUGAUACCAAGGAGAAUUUUUGUAUAGUCCCUGAAGCUAUGGCUUUGCUUGAAUACUCAUUUUCCAC